UGCUCCUGCCCUGCCCGCCAUGGACGGGCCACAGCCCCCGGCCCUGUGGGGCAUAUUCGAGAACAGCGUCACCGAGAUCAGCCAGAAGCUGCAGGGCGAAUACUUCAGGUACAAAGACAUCCCCUUCCCAGUUGGCAUGUACUCACCCGAGAGCCUCAGCCUGGCGGAGAACACAUCCGAUGUGCGGGAUGAGGACAUCUUCAUUGUCACCUACCCCAAGUCAGGCACCAACUGGAUGAUUGAGAUCCUCUGUCUAAUCCUGAAAGAUGGGGAUCCCUCAUGGAUCCACUCUGUGCCCAUCUGGCAACGCGCACCCUGGUGCGAGACCAUUGUGAGCGCCUUCAGCAUUCCAGACCAGCCCAGUCCCCGUCUCAUGAGCUCCCACCUCCCCAUCCAGCUGUUUCCCAAGGCCGUAUUCAACUCCAAGGCCAAGGUGAUCUACUUAGGCCGGAACCCCCGGGAUGUGGUAGUCUCCCUGUAUCAUUACUCCAAGAUUGCUGUGCAAUUGAAGGAUCCUGGUACACCAGACCAGUUCCUUCAGGACUUCCUCAAAGGAGAGGUGCAGUUUGGCUCCUGGUUUGACCACAUUAAGGGCUGGAUCCGGAUGCAGAACCAAGAGAACUUCCUGUUCAUCACCUACGAGGAGCUGCAGAAGGACUUGCGUGGCUCUGUAGAACGUGUCUGUGAGUUCCUGGGUCGGCCUCUGGGUGAGGAGGCUCUGGGUUCUGUAGUGGCCCACUCAGCCUUCAGUGCCAUGAAGGCAAACGCCAUGUCCAACUACACGCUGCUGCCCUCCAGCCUGCUGGACCACCGCCGGGGGGCAUUCUUACGCAAAGGGAUCAGUGGUGACUGGAAGAAUCACUUUACUGUGGCACAGAGCGAGACCUUCAAUCGUGUUUACCGCAAGAAGAUGCAGGGGCAGCCGAGCUUCCCCUGGGACGUGUCCCCAGAGGACACCAGCCCCGACGGCGAGCCUGACCCUGAGCCCAGACCCAGCCCCGGCCCAGCCUCUGAGGACCCCAACCUGGGAUCCUCACAAUAA